AUGGUAGCCCCAUCUGAAGCUAUCCAUGCCUCGGGGCCUAAGGACGAUUACCAAUUGAAUGAGGUUGCUAGGUCUGCUGAGAUUCAGGAGCCAGUCCCUCUUGGAGACGAGAAGGUUUCAGGAGAUCAUGUUGAAAGUAUCAAUGCACCUGUUUGGGACAACGAGGAUGAAGAGCCCGAGUUACAUAUGCGAACCUGGGUUGCCCUUGCAGCCAUGGUCGUCCUGCAGUUUGUGAUGCUGUUGGCGCUUCAGGGCCCCCCAGCAGUGCUCUCAUAUAUUGGAACGAGUCUUGAUAACACCACGGAACAAUCAUGGAUCAGUACUGCGUUGACCCUGGUCCAGGCGGUCCUGGCACCUAUCAUCGCUUCGAUCUCGGACACAUUCCAAGCUCGUAAAGCAAUUCUCAUUGGGGCUUGUACUCUGUCCUUCGUCGGGUGUGCCGUUGCCCCGGGUUCGAAUGACCUCUAUCGUUUGAUUGGGGCACAGAUCAUGAUCGGGUUCGGCUUUGCGGCUGCUCCUCUAGGAUUUGCGAUCCCUAGUGAGAUUGUUCCACGCCGAUGGAGACCACUCAGCCAAGGAGCGGUUAACAUGGCUGGAUCUCUGGGUGCUGUCGUCGGUCCUAUUACAAUCGGCGCCCUUACACGCAGAAACCCGAUUGAUGGCUGGCGUACGUUUUACUGGAUUCAAAUGGGGCUUUGGGGCUUCGCCAUUAUCGGUAUUUUUCUGGGAUACCGCCCCCCAAAACGACACACACGCUUUGAUCACCUUACCUUCGCUCAAAAGCUCGGCCGUACCGACUUUAUUGGCAGCGGCUUUCUUGCCUCUGGGCUGACGCUGCUCAUAACUGGUCUGACGAUUGGUGGCAACCAGUUCCCCUGGGCUAAUGCACGUGUCGUGGUCCUCCUGGUUCUCGGAGCGGUUCUGUUGGUGGGCUUUGGCCUAUGGGAGUGGAAGGGUACUGAUUCAGGCAUCUUCCACCAUGACUUCUUCCGUGGCGACCGAGAUAUGGCACGGUCAUUUGCUCUGUGCCUGUUCUUGAUGUUCCUGGAGGGAGUCGUUUUCUUCGCAUACUUGGUCUUUUACCCUGUUCUUACGGCAGCCUUAUACGAGACCGACCCUCUUCUUGUAGUGCUCCGUACACAACCUAACUAUAUGGGUGGUGUUCUCAGUGCCCUAGUCUGGGGUUACCUCAGUACCAGAUUCCGAACGAUUCGCGAACUACUGAGCAUUGGCUUUCUAAUGGUGACCGGCGCUAUGAUCGGCCUCGCAACUCUGCAGCCAGAUACCGGCAACGUUGCAAUUGGGAUGGCUUGUCUAUCCGGUAUUGGAUCUGCUUCUCCUUUAAUUCUUAUCAUUACGGCGGUCCAACUGUCCACUCCUCCCCAUCUGAUUGCCACAGCGACUGGUGUGACAACGUCUGUCAGGUCCAUUGGAGCAACAAUGUUUACCGCCGUCUAUUCUGCCGCGCUACAAACUAGGACUGCAGAAAAAAUUCCCGCUUACGUCGCCAAAGCAGCUGCAGAGGCUGGACUGACUCCGGCUUCGAUUCCUGCUUUUAUUAAAGCGAUAGCUUCAGGAAACCCAGCAGCAUUGGCAGAGGUUCCGGGAGUCUCUCCGACAAUUAUUGGUCUAGGUGUGGCAGCCUUCAAACAGGCCUUCGCCGACUCGAUCAGGGUCGUCUACAUCAUCGCCGCUCCCUUUAGCAUGUUGGCAGCUAUUUGUAGCUUGGGUUUGGCCAGUUACCGCAGAACAAUGAACUACAAGGUGGACGCUCCAGUGGAAGACCUUCACGCACAUCAUCGAGAUGUUGAACACAAGUAG